AAGCAAAGGACCUCGUGAAAUAAUUGGAAAGGAAGAAGAAGAAGAAAGAAGAAGAAAGAAGAAGAAGAAGAAGAGAACCAAACACAAAGAAUCCAAUAUUUUACCUGUACUUUGAUGGACAGUUUUGGGCACAGGCAAUCUUCUUUCUUCUAUCUCUCUCUCUUUCAAUUCCUUAUGUAGAAUCGGCCUGCGCAGCCACGGACAAUCUUCCAGUGGGCUCGACUCCAUAGCGAGAAAAAUUGACCCCGAAACCUUUCUCAGGGCCUGAGUAUGUUUUCAGAUAGAUGGCGGCAAGAAGGAGAAUUCCAACAACUUUGGAGGGACAUCUUGUCCGAGCUCGAGGGACGGUGCGUCAUGGUACAGUUCCUGGAUCGAGCCCUCUUGUUGUUGGCCACCGCCCGUUAGAGAUAAUUCAUCAUCCCGAAUUACUAGAAACUAAGAUUGCUGCCCAGGCUGCGGAGAUAAAAACACUCGUAGGGGACAACCAAAGAUUGGCAGCCACACAUGUGGUUCUGCGGGAAGAGCUUGUGGUUGCUCAGUAGGAAGUACAAAGACUCAAAGCGCACAUGAAAAGUAGCCAGGCUGAGAGUGAUGUUCAAAUCCGGGUUUUGGUCGAUAAGAUUGCAAGAGCAGAGGCUGACAUUAGAGCUGGAGAGGCUGUGAAGAAGGACUUACAACAGGCACGGAAGGAUGCACAGAGCUUGGUUGCUGCCCGACGGGAGCUGACUGUUCGAAUUCAAGAGGUAACUAAGGAACUGCAGAAGGCCCGUGCAGAUGUUAAGAGCAUACCGGACUUGCUUGCUGAAGUUGAAAGUUUGAGAAAAGAACACCAGAGGUUGCGCACUACGUUUGAGUAUGAAAAGGGUUUAAACAUAGAGCAAGUUGAGGAACUACAAGCAAUGGAAAAGAAACUGAUUGCAAUGUCAGGGGAAGUAGAGAAGUUAAAGGUUGACGUCUUUAAUGCAGAGAAGAAAGCACAUGCACCGAGUCCAUACAUUGGCAGUUACAUGAAUCCAGAUUUUUCGUAUCGACCCCCUAUGCUAGGCAAUGUUGCAUAUGUUGAUAGUUAUGGUAGGCCACAUGUUCAGAUGGGUGGUUGGCCAGCAGGAGAGGGAAUGAUUGGAAGCAGCGGACUCAUGGCUGCUCCUGUUGUAGCUUUCCCUCCAACUGAGAUUUCCACUGUUCCUUCCAGUGGGGUUGCUGCCGUUCCUUCCAGCAUGGUUUCUGAUGUCCCUACAAAUGGAGGUGCAGCUAUCCCUGCAGUCACGGAUGGUGCUAUCCCUGGAAGUGCGGGAGCUUCUGCCUCUAUGAGUGGCGGUGAUGCUGGCUCUGCUGAACAUGCUCAAUGGUGAAUAUUGUGCAACUUGCCUUUGUAAACUUUUAAAGUGUUUUUUUUUUUUU